GGUGUGACAGGUGACAGUUGUGACAUUGACAUAAUAGAAAUAAAAUAGAAAUAGGGAUGAAUUAUAUAAAUAAACAAUAAUCAAAUACAUAUUGAAAGAACAACUAUUUUUUCCGUAUGGAGAAGGAUCUGCAAAUCUGUAGAAUAUGUUUAAACACGAAUUUGGAACCAGAUCCUCAGGAGUUAAAUGAACAAUUUUCGUUUAUGUUAAAAGAAUUGACCAAAACUCAAAUUAAUGUUAUUAAACCUUACAUAUGCUCCAGUUGUAUCUCUCAAUUGGUGAAGAGCUAUAAUUUCAGAUUAAAAUGCAUUAACAACAGAAAUAAUAUUAUAAACUGUAUUAAUGAGAAAACUACAAGCAAAGAAAUUUUAAAAAUGGAAAAUGUGUGUUGUUUUUGCUUAACAGCUGAUUAUAAUUUUAACACAAUUAAUAUUAAACAAUAUUUACAGUUGUGUUUUCCUGAACUAGAUGUUAAAUCAACCAAAGAUGUGGCAGUGUGUCAUGAUUGUUGUGAAACAAUGAAAUGUACUUGCAUGUUUCUAAGGAUGUGCUUAAAUGUUGACAGAUCAAUUAAUUCCUAUAUGGCAGCUAAUAAAAUAAAGGAGAUCAUAUUAACACCUAAACUUCAAAUUUUAACAGAAAGUGAUGACCAGUGUCUACCAAUUGAAGUUAAAUAUAUGCCUGAGCCAGAUAAUAAUACAAAGACUGAAAUCAUUAAUAAUUCAAGUAUAUUUGGAACAGAUUCAAGUGUUGAAUAUGAACCUCAAUUUAAAACAUUAGAAUUGAAAGCAGAUCUGCAAAAAACAUCAACGUUAAAAGAGAGUAGUUCUAAUAUUGCAGUUUCAGAUGAAUUAGGUGAUUGUAAUAGUUUGAUCAAUGCAUUACAUAAUAAUGCGCAAAGUUCACUACAAAAUAUGGUUAAUGUUCCUCAUAUAACAAAUUUUGAGAAGAGUUACCAAGAAAUGUGGUCUAAUAAUCUUAAUUUAAUUAAUACUGACAAUGCCCAUCUAGAAAUGCAAACAAAUAUUAAUGGUACAUUUCAAAAAAAGACAUUUCCUUGCAAAAAGUGUGAUUAUGUGGGUACCAGUAGAGAAGAAUUAAAGUAUCAUUUUUUUACUCAUAGAAGCAAUUGCAGAAUUUAUAAAUGUGAAAAUUGCCCAUUUAUUACUAGACAUAAGAAUGUUAUCGACAACCACAAUUUGACUCAUCUUGCUGAUGAAGAUGUGUGUUGGUACUACUGUGAUAAGUGUGCUUACAGAUCUAGAAUGGUCGCAAAUCUGCAGAAACAUAAAUUUACCCAUAUUAAACAAACAGAUGAGAUGAAAAAAUAUAAAUGCGAGGAAUGUACCUAUAUGACAAUGUGGAAAAGAGAUUUGGAACGUCACAAAGUCAAACACCUUAAUCCAAAAUUUUCCUGCGACUUCUGCUCUUUUUCCACUAGACACGAACGGUACCUUAAACAACACAUUCAGAGGUUGCAUUGUGCUAGAGAAGAAUCGAAUGAAUUGUUUUAUUGUGCACAUUGUAACUUUAGUACAAAACAUAAGCGCAGCUUAAUACCGCAUAUGGUUAUCCAUAGAAAAUUAGAGGAUUUGAAAUGGUACACAUGCAGAUAUUGUCCUUAUAAAGCCAAAUGGAAACGAAGUAUUACAACUCAUGAAUUAAUUCAUGUUAAGAAGUUCAGUUGCGAUCAAUGCGAUUUCCAAACUACUUUAAGACGGUAUUUAAAAGAACACUUGAAAGCUCAUGAACCUCCUACACUGUACAAAUGCGAUCAAUGUGAUUUUUCUAGUCAUCACAAGCAGGCCAUCACUCAACACAACCUUAAACAUAAAAGUAUUGAUGAGGUAAAAUCGUACCAAUGUUCUAAUUGCUCCUACAGUGCCAAAAGAGCAUGCGAUUUAAAAGUACACUUCAUCUUUAUGCACACUGAAGCGAAAGAACAAUAUAAGUGCGAUACGUGUUCGUACAUUACCAGAUGUAAAAAACGUUUGACUCAUCACAAAAAGUUGGUGCAUGAGGUAUCAGGAGCCGUAAGAAAGUUUUACUGCACGUUGUGUACCUUCCAAACUAAGUACAAGAACAGUUAUGUUAACCAUCAGCUCAGUGUGCACAAACUUGACGAUUCUCCUAUCCUCAACUGUCCUGAUUGCAGCUAUACAACCCGUCGGAAGGAGAUGUUGCAAAAACAUCUUUUGGUGCACAAAAGCAUCUCAGAAGUAGAGAUUUUUGAAUGUUAUCAUUGCCGUUAUAAGUCUAAAUAUAAACGUGCUUUGAUCAAACAUAUGCAGGGUCAUAUGGGUUAUGUGAAAAACGAUACUAUUUAUCAAUGCGAACAAUGCGAUUUUAGAACUAAAUGGAAGGUUACUUUUAAAAAACAUGGUAAGAAACAUCCUCUGCCUAUUGAAGAAGUCAAAUUAGAGAUAGAAGUAGCGAAAACUGAGAUUGAAUGGAGGAGUGGUGAAAAUGAUGGUAUAUCUGAAGCAUAAAAUUAAUUAAAGUAAAACGUACUCGUUGUUAUGUAUUAAUAAUAGCAAGUUGAUAUUAAGUAUUGCGUUCUUAGAAAUUU